GAAAAAUUAAACAAAAUAAAUGAAACUAACAAUGGAAACAAAAACUGCUAAGAAAGCUACCCCAGUCGCCGCGGCGGCUGCUGGUAAAGUUUGCAAGGUCGGAAGCCGCGUCGGGCGUGGCGUACCCGACAUAGCUGACGCGUAUACGAAGAAAUGCUCCUGCGAGAGAGAUAAGACCAUCGUAUUUUGCAGAGCUUGCGGCUAUUACUGCAACGGUCGCAUUCGGCUGAAGUGCGAACAGCAUCCAAGAGUAACCUUCUUGCUAGACAUUUCCGAAUGUCCCCGCUGCCACUGCUCAGUGUUCCUGGAUGAAUAUGUUAAAGCUUAGCGGCCCAGUUUUAAGUAAAUAUUAAAGUUACUGACUGUUACUACUAUAUUAAUAUUUCUAAAAUUAUAUUAUUCUCUUAUAAAUUCAUUAUUAGUAUAAGGUUGCUAUUAAAUAAUAACUUGUAAGAUUUAUAUUCUAUAAAUACAUUUUGCCAGUUUUUUUGAUAAAUACUGAGCUUAGAGGUGUUUUUAAACACUUAAUUUGAUUUCUAAGUGAGUAAAAACAUGUGUACUUCUGUUAAAACUUGUAUUUAAGGUUUUG